UUUGGUGAAUGACGUAACGGGACACCCAGAGAUCCCCUUUAUAACCAUACUGCACCGUGCAGGAGGUGAGAGGCGGAACAGAGAAAAUGCGGGGAAAUAUUUAUAAUGUUUGAGAGUCGGUGAGGCAGAAAACUGGAGACAGUGACUUGGAUAUUAGUUUAAAUCGGCAGAUCUCCACUUCAAAAGACAGAAUGGCUGCUAAAGUAGUUGAUGCCGUGUCCCUUAGCAGUAUUGUAGAUAGUAUUCCUAAAGAUGUGUACAGGGCAGAGGGGAUUGUUUUUAAAGAGGAGGCGGUAGGGGAGGAAGAGCAUGAAGGGAAACCCGAUGAGAGUGAAAGCGGUGACCUUCUGUUCGAGGAGAGAAUCGCACCUGGGCUGCUUCUCCACGGCGACUUGGCGCAGUACGUAGCAACAUUACGCACGCAGCCUGUGGCGUUUAGCGGCAAGUUCUCGGUGGACUCCAGAAGCGCAAGAGGACCGUGGACACCGGGGGACGUUAUCAACGUGGUCAGCGCUGACAUCGCCACCCCGGGACCGGUCACGUUGCCUGGAUCGCAGUCAGAAUCACCCGAGAUUGGAGGAGGAGACGCAGCGGAGGCGGGGGACGGCACCAUGGCGCACGGUCAUCCGGACCUCGGUCACAUGUACGCGCCCCCUCACCCUCACUCCCAGCCUCACCCUUCCUAUUCCUGCAGCGGGGACAUGUACCAAGACCAGUCGGCAGGGGGCUACCUGGCGACGUCCACCUGUGCCGUGUCCUACCACCCGUCUCCGUCCUACAACUCUGUGCCCAAACCGACAGUAGACGGCGCCGCGCUGCUGUCCAUCAUGCCUGAGUACGGAGGCUUCUACCAGCAGAGCUGCCAGAGAGAUAUCCAGACGUCUUUCCCCGAGAGGAAAUCCCUCCCGUACCCGCUAGACUCCCUCAGGGUGCCCCCGCCUCUCACCCCUCUCAACACCAUCAGAAACUUUACGCUCGGCGCGCCCUCGCCAGGCGUCGAGGGUCCAAUGGCCGCCGCUUUCCCGAGCCACCAGAACCUCCCUCUCAGGCCGAUCUUGAGACCCAGGAAGUACCCGAACCGUCCGAGCAAGACGCCCGUCCACCAGAGACCGUAUCCGUGCCCGGCGGAGAGCUGCGACCGCCGGUUCUCCAGGUCGGACGAGCUGAGCCGUCACCUGCGCAUCCACACCGGCCACAAACCCUUCCAGUGCCGCAUCUGCAUGAGGAACUUCAGCCGCAGCGACCACCUCACCACCCACAUCCGCACGCACACUGGAGAGAAACCCUUCUCCUGCGACCAGUGCGGGAGAAAGUUCGCCCGGAGUGACGAGAGGAGGAGGCACAUGAAGAUUCACCUCCGCCAGAAGGAGAAAAAGUCCUCUGCGUCCUAAUCCUCACCGCGCACGGCCCGAUGCUGCUGAAUGUAAACUUUUUGAAUAUCAACUGGAUCCGCUCCUGCCUCAGUCUGCCUGCCAACAGAGCCCAAAAGGAAGAAUCUCUAUGGAAACCAUAUCAGGGAGAACCAGAGUUCCCAAUCAUAUGUUCAUAUGGUCAUUAUUUAUCACAUAACAUCAUUCCUCUCUCAUCAGUCACUGUUCCAGAUUAUUAACUCACAUGUAUGUCCACACAUUUGAGUAUUAAAUUACAUGAAAUGUAAAGGGAGUUUGGCUUAAAAUACUGUAAAGCUGGUGUCAGUGUGCUCUUUAAAACACAAUAGGUUUCAGAAUGUGCACCUCAAUGUACCCAGCAGCUACAGCUUGCUUCAGUGAUCAGUGGCAAGGCCUUGUGUUUACUGUCUAUGCUUCAUAUUCUCAGGGAUUCAAUUACAAAGUCAGGCUGCUAAUACCAAAAUCCUGCAAGUCAGCUGAGUCUGAGUGAUGCAGGAGGAUUUACUGCUGCUACACUGCCUCCAGCUGCACAAAACCUGUUGAUCAGAGGGGAUUUCUGGACCCUUAUUUAAACUUUUUGCACCAUUUUCCCCCUCAAACACACAGCAGCCUAUUCGCAAAAUCAAAAUCAGUCUAGUUUCACUUGAAAACUACAGUAAGGACACAAGAAUAGCUCUUAUAUGCUUUGGUUUUGUAGUGGGAAAACUAUAAGUUAGGAUCUAAUUUAAAUAGUAGCUACAUCAUCUAUGUUCAACACCAUUAAAACAUCAACUCAUGUUAAAGUUAAAUUAGGCUUUGCAGGGUUUACAUGACACAGUUAAUAUUUUGUAUUGUUGUGAUGGCAGAUUAAAUACCACUAAUGAUGCUUUUCUAUCUAAA